UGCCACAAGACGCACUCGGGACUCACGCGCUGUCGCUGCCCCCUCCCAGCGAGCCGUCCGCUGCAACUGCGCCGACGCCAGAGACGAGCAGUGCCCGACGGACCGCCGGCUCCACGGCACGACCCCGGGGCGCCCCCCCCCCCCGGGGCAUCCUCGACAGCGUCUGGGAAUGGUGGACAGCGAGGCAGCGGGCCAGACAGACCGCGGAGGCGCAGACGGGGGGCCGCCUUCAAGGCCGAGGCAACUCCAGAGAUGACGCAGGACAUAAAGGACCUCCGCCUCAUCGUCCGCGAGCUCAACGGAGGCAUCAUCACGACAGUGAAAGUUGACGACGCGGACCCGUUGACCGACGCGAUCGAGAAGAACAGGAAUCAUGACUUACGCGAGGCGAUUCAUCUCAUGGACCAAAUGGACACGCACCAGCUCGACAGCAGGUACAAGAGCGGCCAGAUCAUGAUCAGGUUCAACUGCAGGGGCAUGCGGGCUCACCAGGCGAUCAUGAACGUGACCCACAACGCCCAGAAAACAGCGCGUGCCGGCCUAGCCCCCGCGGGCUCCGUAGAGGACGAGUCGCCCUUGUACGUGGGUGCCCUGAUGGAGGACAGCUAA